AUGGCAAACAACCCGGUGCUCAAAGUGAUCGGUCAGAUAACGGUAGAACCGUUAGCUUUUCUAUACAUGUUUGCCAUAUUUGGCGAAUUUUCUACCUAUCAGGAUCUCCUAUGGGAACGUGUAUGUAGCGACUACUUUAUGAAUAACGGCAACAACAGCAGCAGCAGCAGCACCUGUACUAUCAGUAAGGCUAGUAGUACGGAAAGUCAGGCACUGGCCAUCAUUCAGGCCCGCAGUGCCGACCAACUACUCUACAAUAAUAUAGCAAUGACCUGUUCAUCAAUAGUUGGUUCGUUUAUGGCCGGUUCCUAUGGCGAUAUCAAUGGCCGCCUAUUGCCGCUAACCUUUCCGCCGUUGCUAUCGCUGGUCGCACAGGUAUUAUAUCUGUGCUCAGCUUACUAUAUGUCCCACUCCACCACCACUUCCAGUGUCAAUGUGUUGGCUAUGCUAACCGCUUGUCAACUGUUGGGCGGCAUAUCCGGUGCUUCAAUCAGUCUGUUGGCCAACUGUUUUGGCUAUAUAUCCGACAUAACUGACCCAAAGAGUCGUACUCGUCGUAUGAUAGCCAUCGAGGCCAGUGUUUUUGUUGGCCAAUUUCUCGGGUCCAUAAGCACCGGGUUUAUACUGAAACAGUAUAACAAUAGUUCACAAACGGCAGCACACAGUUAUACAAAAUACUACGUGUGCUUUGGACUGUUUCUUGGUAUACAUACAGUGCUAGUUAUAUACAAUUGGCUACGACUGAGCCGAUAUCCUGUAUCUCAUAUACAACAACGGGUCGUACGACAGUCGAAGUCCCGAUUUUCGGCUAAAUCAGUGUACAAAUUGUUUAGCGAUGUUUUGUCUACCGUUUUCAGGCGCCGUGAGUCCAACAAUCGACGGGUAAUGUUCCUAAUAUUUGGUGCAUUCAUUAUGAUAACCUAUGCAUCGGAGGUUAUGACUAGUUUGAUGUAUCUCUAUGUACGCAAUCGGCCACUACUGUGGCAAUCAUCUGACUAUAGUUUCUAUAAUGGUAUUAAAUUUGGUGUUACCGGUGCUGCACUGCUAGUCCUACCAGCCGUACAGCUGUAUGUAUGGCCAACGAUGGGCGAUAUUACAGUUGCCGUUGUCGGUGUAGUUUCCCGAACGGCCGGACUCGUACUCAUCGGGUUUGCCACUAACGGAGCUAUGAUGUACUCGUCGGUCGCAUUGUUAAUGUUCAGCGAAUAUCCGUUACCGAUAAUCCGGUCACUACUGUCCAAACUGGUCGCUCCCGAUGAAAGGGGUAAAGUGUUUGCCUUUUUGACGCUCUGGUAUAACCUGUGCUCACUUACCGGCGGUAUAGUCUUCCCACUAAUCUAUAAGCAUUCACUGAAAACUGGUGGCUAUACCGGCAUAUGUUUUCAAUUGGCCGCCGGUUUUCAAUUGGUAGCCAUCGGACUGUUAAUGUAA